AUCAUAAAUUAGGGACAGUCUUGACAGACAGAUGAACGCAAAAUACAAAACCUUAAGGACAAGCUUAAAGGAAUAUUCACAUUAACAGGACAAUUAAGUUAGAGAGGACAAUGGUCUUCAAAUACAGAGUCUAUGUGGUACUGUUGUCAUCUUUGUGUAUGGUCUUGUCUCAGUCUUGCCCAAAAGAAUGCAUUUGUAGAUCAAAUGACGUGAAAUGCCCAGCGUCCGUCAACUUCCCCGAGUCUUUUCCUUCCAAUACUGAGAAAAUUGUAUUUGAUGAAAUUACUGCUGUUGAAAUUCCACCAAAUGCCUUUGCACAUCUUCCUAAUCUGACCAGUAUACACUUUAGUCGCUGCAAUUUUGGACAAAUUAGCUCAUGUGCAUUUCCAAGAAAGCAUAAAAAUCUACGAAUUACAUUUGAUUUGGCUGUCAUUGGUGAAGUUAAAGAGGGCGCUUUCAAGGAAUUGGGAGUAACUUCCAUUUCAUUCACGAAAUCCACAGUUACUACGAUAAGGGCCUAUGCUUUCUGGGAUAUUAAAACCGAUUUUAAACUAACAUUCACAAAUACCACGGUGCACAAAAUUGAAUCAUUCGCAUUUUACAAUGUUAGUUCAGAGAAUGACUUAAAAUAUGAAGGUGGAACUGUAAAGUACAUCAUGAAUUCUGCAAUCAAAGACUGUGUAUUUACCACGGUGAAAUUGAAGAGAGUCCUUUUUGAAAAAUUGGAAUGCGACUCAUUUCUCGCCAUCGUGAAAAACAAUCCACAAGUUUCAGACAUCGGAUUUUUGUGCAACUGCGAUACAGAAUGGAUGAAGACAAUCAACCCAGAUCCGUUAUUUGCAAUGAUGCUUGCGACCGGAUCCUGCAGAGGUCCGGUAGAGCUGGAGGGAGCAAGUAUGAAAGACAUUCUUGAAAACAACCGAGUACAAAACUGUCCGGAAGUCAGCAAUGUAGGAAGAACAUGCCAACGUCCUUCACAAGAUAUCCCAGAAUUCACAUGUACAGAAAGGAUUAUCAUGGGCCCAAGUGGACCGGAUGGAUCAGAUAACGGAUCUGGAUCAAAGAAAAAACCACCUGGAGGCCAUGCUAGUUUGACGUAUCCUUGCUGGACUUUGAUUGCAGCUGUUAUAAUCAUAUCCCUUAAUCUUUAAAGAAAAAGCAAGAAAAGCAAUUUUUCUAUCCUUAAUUGCAAUAGUGGAACAGAAAGCCCGAAUGUUGACAGAAUUUAAGAUUACACUUAAUUGUAAUUUCUGAAUUGUCAAACAUGGCACUGAAUUCGUAAGAAAUUAUUGUUUACUUCUAUAGUCUUUGAAAUUUCAACUCUUCUGAGGAUAAAUGGAAAUUAAAUCACAAAACUGUUAAAAUAAGAUUAAAUAAAACAGAUACAUGUAUUUUAAAAACAUAUGGGAAAAAACUAGAUUUUUAUAUUACAUAUACAAUUUUAAUACCAAUGUCAAUGCAUCCUCGCAAGCCAGAGGUUCUGAGUCAACACGUUGCCGUUGGACCCCUGUCAUAUUUCAUUCAAUAUUUGUGGGCUGACUGUAGCGACGUCUUUCGGAAAAAUUACAAAUCUUGAUUGUUUUUUCUUAUCUCUCAACCAAUCAUAUUAAGCCAUUCUAUGAUAAACAACUUGUAACACGUGCAUUUGAGGUUAUCUAACUAUUUAUGAAAGCUUUAAUUUGAUUGGAGCUUCUCAAUGAGAGAAGCAAGCCCACGGAUAUUGAAUGAAAUAUGCCAGGGGUCCAACGACAACAUGUUGACUCAGGACCUCUGACUUGCGAGGAUGAUGUCAAUGUAACAAUAUUAAGAAGUCUUCAGUCUUUUCGUCAUGAAUAAAUUUGUGAUUUCAAAGUUACAUUAUUACUGACUGGAUGACACUAUUGUUCUUCCAUACAUUGACUCCACUGAUUUCUCCAGUAAACAUGUUUAUGCCACAUG